GUUGGCACACAUCGCAUCGUUAUCUGUUUGACAAUGUUCACACGCAUGGUUCGCAAAUAUUUAUAUCAGUUAAUUGACAGUGGAUAGUACUUAACAAGUCAAUUUCUCUAUAUUGAGUGCUUAACUGUAGUUUCAAUUUUACAUAUAAAUAAUUUAAUAAUGCCAUCUUACGAAAAUAAAAUAAUAUUGGCGCCAAUGGUCCGCAUCGGGACAUUACCCAUGCGACUUUUGGCUCUUCGAUAUGGUGCAGACUUAGUUUAUACCGAAGAACUAAUCGAUUGGAAAUUCUUAAGAUCAAAACGUAGAUAUAACGAUAUUUUAAAUACCGUUGACUAUGUUGAUCAAACAGACGGUACAAUAGUUUUUAGGACUUGUAAUGAAGAAAAAGAACGAGUAAUACUACAGCUGGGAACAUGUAAUGCAGAAAGAGCUUUAAAAGUUGCAAAAUUAGUAGAAAAAGAUGUAGCAGCUAUAGAUAUAAAUAUGGGAUGCCCAAAGGAAUUUUCUAUCAAAGGUGGCAUGGGUGUUGCUUUACUGGCCCAGCCAGAAAAAGCAUGUAACAUAUUGAAAACAUUAGUAGAUAAUUUAUCUAUACCAGUUACAUGUAAAAUAAGGAUACUGCAAACACCAGAAGAAACAUUGGAGGUUGUAGAGAAACUGGUGAGUUCAGGAAUCAAAGCAAUUGGAAUACAUGGCAGGACAAGGGAUGAACGUCCACAACAUGCAGUUCACACAGAUGUAAUAAAGUAUGUUGCGGAAAGAAUUUCCGUACCAGUUAUAGCAAAUGGAGGUUCUAAAGAAAUUGAAAAGCAUGCUGAUAUUUAUAAAUUCAAAGAAAUGACUGGAUGUUCCAGUGUUAUGAUUGCAAGAGCUGCAGAAUGGAAUUGUUCCAUUUUUAGGAAAGAAGGAUUACUCCCAAUGGAUACUGUCAUUGAGGAGUAUCUGAAACUUGCUGUGGAGUAUGAUAAUUCACCAUCUAACACAAAGUACUGUGUACAAAAUAUUUUAAGGGAUUUGCAAGAUACACCUAGAGGCAGACAGUUUCUAGAUUGUCAAACACUAGAACAAAUAUGCUCCAUAUGGGGUCUAGGUGAGUUUUGUAGAGAAACACAGUCCAAUUACCAGAAGAGAGGAAUACAAGGAAGGUGGCAAGUCACGCCAGAUGAUUUGGAGCCUCCUCAAAAGAAAAUGAAAGCACUUGAUACUGAUCUAACAGAUGUCAUUCAAAUGAAAGUAAGUUUUAUUCGAGCCAAUUUUAAUGACCAAACUUUACCCAAAUUCAAACUCCAUUCAUGGGCUGGCAAAAAUGGGCUUAAAUUGCCUGUUUAUGAAACACAUCAAGUGGAAAAGUUAUUCCGUACAAUAAUUACCUUCAAUGGCAAAAAAUACACUUCAACAUUUUGGGAGAAAAACAAGAAAUUUUCUGAGCAAGGUGCAGCCUUAGUCUGCAUAUUUCAUUUGGGAUUAGUAACAGAAGAAGAUUUAAUUAAACUUGGCAGUAUAAUAAAAUAAUGUUUAUUA